GCCAUGAGAGAGAAGAAUAUAACAGCAAAAAGCACGAGAAGUGGGAGUGAGUGAUUUUCACGCUCUCAGAAACUCAAUCGUCGAAAUGAAAAACGCUGAUGGUAGGGAAAGAAAACGAAAGCCUCUUUCCGAUCUCACCAUUUCCAACCUCCUUCCAUCAUCUUCUUCCUCCUUCUCAAUCGACGCCAGACGCGGUACUGUUGUUGGCCUUGAUGUUUCUGAGCCAAUUUCAGCAUUCUGCACCCGAAUACAUACUUUGAAUGAAAAGAAAAGGAAUGCAAAAAAGGCAAUAGCCAAUUCAAAAAUCUCCAAGAUUCGGGACAAAAGUGAUGGAGUAGAACUUGAAGGUUUGGGUCUACCUAAAGCUAGGAUUUUAACAGUUUCUUGCAAGAAGAAGCGCGCUGUGUCGUAUGAAGAAGAUGUGUCCAAAGAUGCCCAACUUCAAGAUUAUAUUGAAAAACAGAAUGCUUACUUUAAAGAGGUUGAUCAAUUUGAACUACCAGAAGAGGAGGUUGAAUCUGUUCAUGAACUGGAUUAAGAGGAACGUAGAGCAGCAGUAGGACUCAGCUUGAGACUCUUAAUCCUUGUUUUGGUUAUAAUGAAAAUGUGAUGUAACCAGGUUAAUGUAUAGAUGUGAUACAGUAAGUUCAUGACAGUCUUCCCAAUUUUCAAAUCAAAGAAACGGUGUUUGACCCAAACCAA